CAUAUCAUAGUCAGACAGGAAGUGAAAUGUUGGAUAAGGAAAUAGGCGUUGUUAGAAUACCUUUGGUGUGUCAGCAAGAAAUUACAGACUUAAUUCGCUUUAAAUGACUGCUUAGUAUUUCUCUGUUUUUUUAACCCUAGACAUACAGAAUCCUGAACAGUGUGCCUUAUGGAAGGAAGUAUGCAACGGAUUGUCUUGAAAUUGGAGAUGCCAGAAAGCUUUGACGAUGUCGCUGUUGAGUUUUCGGAUGUGGAGUGGAAGAUGCUGAGUGAGCAAGCGAAAGAGCUGCACAGAGAGGUGAUGGUUCAGAAUUACGAGAACAUGGUUUCACUGGGUUAUGAUAUCCCAGUGGAAAACCUCAAUUUACUUUUAAAAAAAAUAUACACUGUUCCAUCUGGUGAUACCAAUGGAGGAGGGAACAUACAACAAACGGAGAGUUCUGAAGACACAAACUAUAUCAGCAGAAAUACAGACUUCAGUAAAAUUCAGAGCAGACAGUCAUCACGUGGGAAAUCCCUACAUUCUAAGUGUGAGAAGGCUUUUCCAGAUAUAAUGUCCAGCACAGGGCAUGGAGUAGUGCAUACUGGAAGUCAACAGUAUAACUGUGUGGAUAGCAAAGAGGUCAACAAUAAAAUUGAAUCAAAAAUACUCCUGGAAACAAAUGACAAGUUUCUACAAACUAAUGGAGGGGAAAUGCCAUGCAAAUUAAUUAACUGCAGCAAACAAAUCACUUUUCGCAGUAACCGUUUAACAGAUCAGUCGUGUGACAGUGUGAAGAGAGAAAUAAACGGACUGGUAAAAGAAGAGCAGUUAAUCAGUGGAGUGGAUGCCAAGCAUGACACUGAUUCUGUAGAUAACAAUAGUUCAGUGGAUCAUCCAGUUAGUCAUAGUGGACAGAAACUCCACACAUGUGCUACAUGUGGCAAAAUGUUUAAACAGAGGUGUGCCAUGAAUAGCCAUCGGUUAGUUCACACUGGUGAAAAACCCUUUCGAUGUAUCACGUGCAACAUAGGUUUUGUAUAUAAAACAAGUCUGACAAGGCAUCAUAAGUGCAUCCACGCUGAGCAAAAGCAAUUCAAAUGUAUAGCAUGUGGCAAGGGUUUUAAUUACAAAGAGGGCUUGGCGAAGCAUCAGCGUUGCAUGAAAGACCAGUUACACAUUAAAUUAAUAUAUGGUGAGACUUUUGCACAGAAGUCUAUCAUGUUAGAACCUGCAGACAAAAACAAGCUCUUCCCAUGUCCUAAAUGUGGCAAAUGGUUUACAAAGAAGUCCACCGUGGAAAGCCAUUUGUUAAUUCACACUGGUGAAAAACCCUUUCGAUGCGCCACAUGUGGCAUAGGUUUUAUAUAUAAAUCAAGUCUGAAAAAGCAUCACCAAGUUACUCACUUGGGAGUGAAACCUUACAAAUGUACCACAUGUGGCAAAAGUUUUAUGAACAAGUAUAACUUUCUGAGGCAUGAGGGUACCAAAGUGGAGAAAAGCAUCUGUGAGUCAAUCCGUAGAAAGAGACUCUCACAGAAGCUUAGCCUGAUAAAACCACCAGAGAAAAAGAAUCCUCCCAGCGAACAGAAAUUCUACCCAUGUGCCACAUGUGGCAAAAACUUUAAACAUAAGUGUAUUAUGGAAACCCAUCGGUUAGUUCACACUGGUGAUAGACCCUUUCGAUGCACCACAUGUGACAUAGGUUUUGUAUAUAAAACAAGUCUAACAAGACAUAAUAAGAUUUUACAUACUGAGCAGAGUUUGUUCCAAUGUACCACAUGUGGCAAGAGUUUUAGGUACAAAGUGACCUUUGAAAGGCAUCAGGUUACCCAUGUGGACCAAGAUCCCUUGAAUUCAAUAUGCGACAAGAAAUGUGCACAGCAGGGUAGCACGAUAAAUCAUCAGUUUGUCCACACACCCAAUGAAUGCUCUAUGUUUGACAAAGGAUCUAUACUUAAGAGCAGUUUGGAAAUGCAUAAUACUAACCAUACUGGUGAGCAGUCAUGUGAACGUAACACAUUUGUUAAUGAGGCAAGCCAUGUAGCAUGCGAGAGUAUCCAUACCAACCAGAAGCCCUAUACGUGUACCACAUGCAAUAAAGGAUUUACACGCAAAAACAGUCUGGCAGCUCAUGCGAGCACCCAUUCAGGGCAGCACAGUUGGCCCCCCCACACUAGAAGGAAAGUCUGCAAAAAUUCAUAGACCAAGUAAGAAACUGUAGAGUUGGACUGUUGUGGAUAUGCAAAAAUUACAGAAUUUCCAGACAGAUGGUAUGUAGCAAGAGUUAAACAGAAAUUAGAGGAAAGAAAAAUACUUGCACAACAAAAAACUAUUAAAAGCUGCCUAUAAGAUACUUAAUGCAACUAAUCAGAGAGAAACAUUGUCUAGAUGAAGAAACAUUGGGCCACCUGGCAAAGGAAACUGCACAGGAAGUGAGAAAAGAUACAGAAAAAAGUUUUUGAAAGUUAUAAAAACAAAGAUGGAUGCUCGAAAGGAAGAGAUUUGAUGUGGUGUAACGUUUAUAUAGAGAAGAAAGCUUAGUUAAACAAUGCAAAAAAUGCUGCUCCAAAGACAUUUGAAGAGAAAUACAGGUAAAGACACCAGGAUAGGGUAACUUUCACAGUAGAAAAAUAAGAUCACAAAGGGGGAAUAUGAUAAAGAAGAUAAGAGACAAAGUAAAUGCAAAGUGCACGUCAUCUGUGAAGUGAAGGAUUUAGUGUGAAAGCUGCAGCAUAGUCAGUAUCGCAACAUAAUGGGCAAAUAAGUCACCAGAUGGACGACCAAUAGAUGCAGCAGAGAUGCAUUUGAAAACCCCCACAUGGCGAUGUUCUGCAGCCCUUCUGUAGGAGAUCUAGCAAAAGUAGAAUUAGAAUUGCACAGCAAGGUAAAAGAAUAAGAAACAGUGGAGAGAUUGACAUUGGUAACAUUGCAACAUGAUGGACCAAUGAAGCCCCAAGUGCAGGAGCAACAGAUGGAGCAGGAUGCAUGUUCUGGAAUCUUCCAUAGCAAGCUCGCACAAUAGUCCAGUUAGAACUGCAAAACAAUGGAAAUAUCAGAAAAUAGAGAGGGCAGAAGGUAUUCUCAGUGUCCAAAUGAAAACGAUCUAAGGGAAGACUUGAUUUAUGUGAUAAAGAUAGUCAGGCAUAUUAAGAUAUAUAUGAAAAAAUUAAUUAGAGAAAGCAAGACCCAACAUGUUGCAAGACUAGUAAAACAGAAGAGCACCUUUAUCAGGAAUGUUGAGAGAACUAUAUGUGGCAGAAAUAAAUAGGAUAACUUUCUGUGCAGCCACACUAGUAACAGAUGAAGUAUUACCAGAAAAAUCCAUUGUAACAAAGGAAAGGAAGAGAACGAGUUGAAUGCCACCAUAGAAGCAAUGAAGAGAGAAACCUGUAAAGCAAUUAAGAUGGGAAAUAUCACUGUUAGAAGCUUACGGAAAAGGGAAACUAUCAACCAAAAUUCUGACAAGGACAGAUGUAGUAAAAGCCGCAGCAAAUGUUAUCAAAAAGGCCAUGAUUUAUCAGACACCAUCUCCAAUAAUAAACUAAAAAUAUUACCACAAAACAGAAACUCUUAGGAGGUCUGCAGAUAAAUGUAAAGGGAAAGUACAAAUUAAGAAGUUCAUGGACAUCCCAAAAAGGUUUUACAGAGAAUUUGAAAACAAAGGAAUAGAAAUACCAUCCCUCAAAAAUGGGUACAUUUUGGGAAGCAUUUAUGAAAAUCCUGUUGAACAUAAUAAAGAUGCUGAAUGGAUAGAAGAACUGAAAGUAAACAUUUCUAGUAUAGACAAUACGAAAUGGAAUGAAAUAACCAGAGAAACUCAGACAAAAUUAAGGAAAACUAAUUUGAAAACACCAGACCCAGAUGUCAUACCAAACUCUUGGCUAAAACUAUUUUCAUCUUUUUUUUACAAAGAAAUAGCCAUGGGUAAAAAGUAUUUAUAUGUGCAACUCAAACAGUUACGGACCUGGUGAACAACAGGAAAAAUUUACAAACCUGGUGAACAACAGGAAAAAUUUACAAACCUGGUGAACAACAGGAAAAAUUAUGCUCCUCAAAGUAAUUCUUCAUUCCAAUGCAAGAACUAUUGCCCUCUGACAAUAUAUUAAUUAUAUACUGGAGUUGAUGCUGAUAGAGUUUAUAGCCAUCUAGAAAAAAGCCAUGGCGAUAGAACAAAAAGUUAAUAAAAGUGAUAUGGAACAAAGGAUCGUCUAUUAGACGUAAAAAAGGAAGCAUUCAGCAGCUUCCCACAUUCAUGGAUAAAAUGCUUACAGCGGUAUAAAGCACACUACAUUGAUCAGUUACAUUACAAGACUGGGAACUGAGUUGUGAUAAAUGGCAAAUAUUAUACCAGGGAUAAAAAUACACAAGGGGAUAUUCCAGGGUGAUUCUUGUGUUAUCACUGCUGUUUAACCCAUUAAGCCAUUUACUUAAUAGACUAGACUAUGCAUUGGUUACAGCUUAAAGUUCAGAAACCAACACUGUUCAUAGACAUUUCAUCUGUUUUUGUUGAUGAUUAAAACUGUAUAAUUUAUCAGAUGAGGAUACAAAAGCACAGCUGCAAAUGUUCAGCAGGUUUUCAGAUAUAAAAAUGACAUUUCGUCUUGAUAAUUGUGCAAAUGCAACAUUUAUAAAAGGAAAGUUGCAGCAUCAAGAAGAUAACACACCGGGGCAGUGGGGCAGGGGUGUGAUAUUAAACUUGAACAGGAGGGUGUGUAUAAAUAUUUAGGGCUAAAUGAAAGUAUGACAAUAAAAUGUGAACAAAUAAAAUUGUAGCUUAGUAAGGAAUACUAAAGCUGAUAUGAAAACUGCCUUGAUAUCUAGGAAUAAAGUCAAAGCUAUAAAUUAGUUUUCUCUUCCUGUUGUAACUUAAGUUUUGGUAUGAUUGACCCUACAAAGUAUUGAAUCAGUUAGACAAGGAAACAAGAAAAAUUAUUCAUGCUUAUUAAACAUAUAAAAAUCAGUACAUACCAAUAUUAUAUAUUCAAUUUCUUGGAAGGAGUAUGGGUCAUAUCAAAAGUUGAGUACAUGUGUAGGUCUGCAACUGUAUGACUGCAUAUUUGCUGACUUCAUCAGAUUCCAUUUACCUUUCUAAAGUGCAAAGGGAAGUCUAAGAUGACAUCCAUACUUAGUUAAGGAGAAACAUCAGAAUGGAAUGUGAAUGGAAUAAACAACACGUAAACAUGAAUCACACAACAACUGAAAGUGCCAAAAAACAAAAAGAAUGCAAAGAAAAGGACCAGAAGAAAAAAAAAAUUGGAAAGCCCACAAGUAUAGUGAUAAGUAAAUAAAAUUCCUGGAACAAUCCAGACUAAUAUUGGUCUCCCAGGAUAGUGUGCUGUAUACAUAUGUUAGUUUACAAAGCGUAUAGAAACAGAGGAAGAGACAAAUGCAGGUCAGAACUGGAGAAAGAGUUGCACAUCUCAUUGCUGGGUUUGAAGCACUCAUGGCUGACGGUCCGUCUAUGGAAAAGUGCAAUAAUGUAGCAAGACUGUUGUGUUGGGGGGGGUUGUGCAAACAGUACUACACAGAUAGCUGCGAAACAUUGGAAAUGUGAAGUUCUGCUCAUACAAAAUCACCCAGAACUAACAGCUGAAAAAAUUAUAUAGCUAUAGUAGUCCAAGAAAAAAGACAAAAGUAGCAUUAAUCAUAUAAAUUGCUACACCCAGCAAAUCUAGAUGCUUAAGUGCUGAAAGACAUAAGUCAUAAAGCACCAGGAUUUGCAAGCAGAAGCAAGAGCAGUGUGGAAGAAAGGUACCCAAACAGUUCCAAUAGCAGCAGGAGCAGCAAGACUAAUAGAAAAGAAUUUGCGAUCAUACUUAAAUAUUCAUCCAGUACAUGUGAUCCCAUGUGUACUGCAGAAAAAGGUAAUCCUCUGGGUGCUGACAAGGAGUACUUAGCAAACAUCAAAGACUAAAACAAUACUAAUUUCAUGCCCUCUAAUCAUAUCCUAACUUAGGAAUGGGGUCCAUUCCUGUCAUGCUCUUAAAAACCCAAAACGUUUGUAGAAUUAAAAAAACGAAGCUAUGGCAAAGAUCAAAGCCUGAAGUAAUACAGAUUUCAUGAUCCUUAACUACACCCUUACUUAUGAAACUGCAUCCUGGAGCACUUAGAAUGGAAAAACAGGUAAUAUAGAUCUGUCCAUGAUUCUGCAAACGAGAGUAGUGUGACCGUUCAUCAGAGUAUUCUGUUGAAGUAGCAGCUAGAGACUUGUAUAUGCACGUAUGUUUUUAAGAAUGAUUUUACAUGUGUAACCAUGUAGAAACAUGCUACAGUAUCCAUGCUUCACCUUUCUGUAUUUCUGUCAAUUUAGUUUUGUGUAAUUGACUGGCCAAAGAAAUAAGUUCAGUGAAAAACUAAAACUGCUAAACUAGUCCUUUCUAUAUGUAAGCAGUUUGUGGUAUGAUAGUAUAUGUGUCUACAGUGGUAAAACUAACCCACACACAUGCUGACAUUCUGAUAUUUAGACAUAAUGCAAAUUCUGAAUUCUGAAGAAAAAUGCAAAAGCGUCCUUCCUCAGAGAGGCUAGAGCAAUUUAAUGAAACGAGAGACUAAACAAAACAAGAAAUGUUAACAAAACACGUUUUAAAAAAGUUCCAACAAAAAUGAUGAAAAAUAUAGAUCAAGUUCAUGAGAAAACUGGUUUAUCAGAGCAGUCAUAUGCUGAACUAGAUCUGACACAAGGAAAAGUGAUGUUAAGCAGAAAGACUGCAGACAUUAUAUUAAGUGUUAGAUGAUUCAAAAAACAGAAUAAAUGGUUCAAUAUUUCUAUGCAGAGAAAAACAGUAACAUCACAAGGCUGAUGUGCUGGAAAUCAUGAAGCACUAUGGCAUACAAGUUAAAUAGCAGGAAAAAAACAUUGCAAACAUGAGCAAUAAAGAAUAAUAGAAAGCGAGAUAAAUUUUAAAUUAGAUCACCCUAUAUCAGUUGCUGAGAAGAAAUGACAAAGUAUUGUUGAUAAUGAAAUGACAAUCAGUGAAAAUAACAUCUAGCGACUUCAUUGUCUAAUGUACUGAGAAGUGUGUAAAUUCACUAUUUAAAAAUAGUUGUAAUGGCUGUUAAAAGCUGCACUGUGAUCUGUGGCGGAUGUCAGUAAGCAUUGAUACAGAGCAGUUAACAUCUGUUUUGGUUUGUUUGAUACAUCUCAAAAGAUUAGCUGUAUUUCCUAAAGCAGAUUUCAACACAUGAAGUGCUAAAGAUAGAAUUGUGGGUUUUGCUUAUGACCGUUCCCCUAGCUCUCAGUUUUUAUCAGCAGUUUUUAGAGCUUGCACUGACUGUGUACAUGCCGAAAUGUUUUUGUACCAGAUUUUAUUUAUUUUAUUAUUAUUGAACAAUGCCUACUUAAGUACUUCAGAAAGUAAAGCAAUGGCCAUAUUAAGUCCCCAAUCUUAAACAUUUUAUUCGCGCUCAUUGGGUAGUUCACUACCCUUAAGUAAUCCUUUGAUUUUUCUAUCCUAAUACUAAUGACCACAUUACGAAACCCUAAGCAAUAACAAUAGUGAUUUUUUUUUUUUUUUUUUUUACAAACAAACCUGCCAACUAUUGAGCCCUGUCUGAGACUUGAACACAUUCAUUCCCAUGUACUAAAUUCCCCUGCAAUGGUGAAAUCUGUCCAGACAGGACAUUACCCAGGCAGCCAUGAGGGAACUUAAUGUCUUAAGGUAUCCCCUAACAGGAGUAAAAACUGCCCAGAAAGGACGUCAUCCAAGCAGCCAUGAGAGUAAGCUUAGUGUCUUUAUCUGUUCCCUGACAUCCAUCUGCAUACUGUGAAUUUUAGCACCCAACACCAUGACCUGGUUAGUUUGUCUCAUCAUACAGACUAAGGUCUACUUUGCUUAUUCUCAGCCAUGGCUAGGGCUCUGACUUAUCUCUAUCUGGGGCUGGAAGGUAUCUGAAUUAGCUUGUCCUCCGUCAAAAGGCUCCAGGCAUCAGAAGCCUAUCUCCGGAUGUAGCCUGUAGAGUAAUUUUUCCCCUGCUGUGACCUCACCUCCUUGUUCAAGUUAGCAGAAACCCUUAGGAAUUGAUCAGGAAUUUAUCAGGCAUGGAAAUCAAACGAUAUGGAGUAAAAACAAGUAGCAGCAGUGCAAAGAAGAAUACAAAGAACAUUGUUUAAGUUGCUAUGGAUUAUUGUGUGAUUUCUGAAUAAAUAUUUGUUUUGUUGAAAAAAA